UCACUUUCAUCAGCACUGCUGAAAGAAGAAAAAAUGCCAGGACUAUCUCCUGAAAUCAAAUUUGAGACUUCUAAUGUCACCAGAAAUUCCAUGGACAGAUAUUUUCUUUUUGAGAGUGGUUGGAGGAAAGCGGUUUUCGAAACACAGAAGUUGAAGGACGAAUACACCCGAGCAUUUGGUCUAGAAGAGCUCAGAGAACGUGUCAAAAUGCCAUAUUUACCAGGAUUGCAAAACUGCCAGAAAAGUGUGAGAUCCUCCCCACCCGAGGUUCCUAGCAGACGGCAGUGCAUUGACACCCAGAUGCCUCCAGUCAGGAUAAAGAAGACCAAGGAGCCCUGCAUGGUGGUACCACUUCUGGAGAGACCAAAAGGUUCUGGAUUCAGCGAUCCCCUCGCUGGAGCACCACCUCAGUACUUACAGAGACUUUCCAGAAUGUCCAUGCUGGAGUAUGACACCAUUCGUCAAGAAACGGCCACGAAAUCCAAAAAGGGUAAGAGACGAGAGCUGGGAGACUGCUGGUAACACGCAGCGCGGCGCUUCUUCACUCACCGUUAAGGCUUAUUCUUCUUCCCUUCCUUUUUCUUUUUCUUUCUUUUUGAUAUGUGAUAUGAUAUGGAAUGAUAUAUGUAACAGUGGAAAUGUAAAUAGGAAAUAAAUAUUUUAUGUUACAUUCAGAAUACUUUGUGCUUUGUUAACUAUACAAAGAGACAUUUAAGUUAUAGAUUAUGUAGACACAAUCAUAAGAAAAAGUAUGUUGCAGCCCAGCUGGAGUGGCUUAGUUGGUUGAGCAUUGUCCUGUGCAUCAAAAGGUUGCCAGUUUGAAUCCUGGUACAGGGAAUA